AUGCCUGCACCAUCACUACAAGCCGUGGCUCUGCGCGCCACAAUGCGCAACAUUACCAACAUCUACGACAUAGCCGAUAUGCGCUACGACCUGAUCAAACCCGCUCUCAAGAAGAUUAAGAAUCCGCAACAGCUCCGCGAGAUCGAGACAAACAGUCCAGCCAUCGCAGACCAAACCGAGGAGCUCUGGCGCGCGUUCAUUGCUCGAGACAUCCCGGGAUGGAAGGAGAAGAUCUUCGAGCCCGUCAACCCGCGCUCAUGGUGGAAGGUGCAUGCGAAAUUGAUGAGGGCUGAGAAAAGGACCCAGGAGCAGCAGGAAAAAGCUCUGGAGCUUGCGCUAGGUGGCCUGAAACAGGAGAGGGAGGAGAGGAAGGUUUCGAUUUUGGAGAAGGUGGUUCCUGAGGACAGGAAGCGGACGACUAAGGCUCCUGCUCUCAGGAACGCGAAGAGUGGGAAUCAGGUCCUUGCCGCACUACGAGCGCAAGGUAGGACGGAAGCGAGGCAUAGGAGGAUGGACUUGGGGCAUUUAUCGAGAGGUGCCGUGGCGAAGAUAUCUGCUUUGCCGAGCGCGAAAGAGCAAAUUGGUAGUGCGCCGAGGUGGAUGGUUAGAGACUUGAUGAAACCGGUUCUCAUGGCACCGCCGGCACCGCUCUUUGGUAAGAAGACGCCUGUCACUGCUAUGGUGUCAAGGGGAGGCCCCAGUAGGCAAGAGAUUGCACUGAGGAAGGCGGAGCAGGAGGCGAAGUUGAAGAGGCUUACGCAGGCCCGCCCGCAGCAGCAGCAGCAGCAGGGCAGGGCGAUGGUGGGGACGACGGUGUCGCCUCCACCUGCUGCGAAGUCUGGAGAGGCGAUGGCGGAGAGGGAGGCGAGGUUGAAGGGGCUUACGCAUGCUCGCCCUCCACAGCAGGGCAGGGCGAUGGUGGGAAUGACGGUGUCGCCUCCACCUGCUGCGAAGUCUGGAGAGGCGAUGGUAGAGAGGGAGGCAAGGUUGAAGGCUCUGACGCAGGGCAAGGCCAGACCGGCUCAGGUCGUGGAGGCACGACCCACACCGAAGUCAGCUAGCCCGCCUGUUCGAGAACAUGUGGUGGCCAAGGCGAUUGAAAUUGCUUCGCCGGAUCCGAAACCCAGUCCGGUGCUCGAAGCCACGCGGAAGAGGCUGGCUCCGUCGCCCAUGAUGCCAUUGAAGAGGCGAAAGAUUAUGUGA